AUGAAUUUAAUAAAACAUUAUUAUUCUAUAUGUGUACAUGUGUGUACUCCAGAGAAGUAUGUAAUAGAUCAAAGCGAAAUAGAAUUUUCCAACACAGGAAAAACAAACAUUAGUUUUAAAGUUUUCGAUUUAUAUUACACAACAGAGGAUAGUCUUAAUAUACAAGACAAAUAUAUAAAUAAUUUUGAAACUAGCAUAAGAAGGGAAGUUGAUUUAAGGUGGGAAAAUCGAAGGAGAAGAAAAGGAAGAAGAAAAAGUUACAAAAAUUUAGAAAACAUAAAAGUCUUGGAACAUUUUUUUUCGAACAGUAAAAAAGACAAAACUGAUGGCUCAUAUAGAAGGUUUCAUAAAGAGAAUACAACAAAAGAGUGUAGAGAUCAAUGGAGUCAGGUAGAUAAGGGCAAGCAUUCUUAUGAUAAAAGUUCUAUAUCUGUAGAAAAUCUUUUUGAUAUAGUCAUACCUCUCGCAAAGGAAGAUACAUUAAAUAAAACAUAUAUUUUUGAGAAAAAGCUGAAUUUAACAGAAACAAGCCAGGAAAAAAAAAAAAAAAAAAAAAUAUUUAAAUAA